GCGGAGCCAGCGGCGGGUGGCAGCAGAGCUGCGUGAUGGCGCCGCUGAGGGACUGCAAGGCCUGGCAGGAUACUGGACUUGCCCUGUCCACAACUAGCAAUGAAGCCUGUAAGCUAUUUGAUGCUGUGCUGACACAGUAUGCAACCUGGUCUGAUAAUGAGAGCCUUGGAGGUAUUGAGGGAUGUCUCUCCAAGUUAAAAGAAGCAGAUCCAAAUUUCACAAUGGGACAUGUCAUUGCAAAUGGCUUGGAGCUGAUUGGCACUGGAAGUUCAGUGAGGCUCAACAAAAAGCUGGAGGGUGCAAUGAGAACGAUGCUGAUGCUUUCAAAGUCACAGCCACUGACUGAGAGGGAGAAGCUUCAUGUGUUAGCGCUGGAGGUGUUUGCCAGGGGCCAACUUCCAAAAGCUUGUGAUCUGUGGGAGCAGAUUCUGCAGAACCACCCAACUGACCUGAUGGCCCUCAAAUUUUCCCAUGACACUUAUUUCUACCUGGGAUAUCCUAUCCAGAUGCGAGAUUCUGUUGCCCGGGUUUAUCCUUUCUGGACACCUGAUAUUCCACUAAGCAGCUACGUGAAGGGCUACUACUCUUUUGGACUUGUGGAAACAAACUUUUUUGAUCGUGCCGAGGAGCUUGCCCGUGAGGCUUUGGCUAUAAACCAGACAGAUGCAUGGUCUGUUCAUACUGUAGCCCAUGUAAAGGAAAUGAAAGCAGAGGUGAAUAAAGGGUUGGAAUUUAUGAAGGAAACGGAAACCAACUGGAAGAACAGUGAUAUGCUUGCUUGCCAUAAUUACUGGCACUGGGCUUUGUAUUAUAUCGAAAAGGGUGAAUAUGAGGCUGCUUUGACAAUUUAUGACAAUCAUAUUGCUCCUCGGUGUCUGUCAAGUGGAAGCAUGCUGGAUAUAGUAGAUAACUGCUCGAUGCUGUACCGGCUUCAUCUGGAAGGUGUGAAGCUUGGAGACAGGUGGAACAGUGUUCUCAAGCUUACAAAGAAGCAUACCAAAGAUCAUGUUCUUCUGUUCAACGAUGUCCACAUCUUGAUGUCCUCACUGGGAGCCAAAGACCACAAAGCUACUGAUGAGCUUUUAACAACUCUUCAGGAGCUUGCCAAAGCACCCUGUGAAGACCAUCAGCUUUCCCUGGCACCCAGUCUGGGAUUGCCACUGUGCCAGGCUUUUGUGGAGUUCGAAAAUGGAAAUUGUGACAAAGCUGUUGACUUGCUGUACCCAAUCCGUUACCAACUAAUCCAAGUGGGAGGCAGCAAUGCUCAGAGAGAUGUUUUCAACCUGUUAUUGAUUCAUGCUGCUUUAAAUUCUAAAUCACAAGCCAAAAAAAACCUUGCAAGGUGCCUCCUGAGAGAACGUGAUGGGAUGAGACCCAAUUCACCAAUGACGGAGCGACUGAUUCGGAAGGCAGCAGCCGUCCAUUCUGUGGCUUAAGUCUCCCCUCUGCUUCAGCUGCAAUAGCAAUAAGCUUUUCCAAUCAAAGUCUGGGUGCAGGGAGGGGAGAGGUGCUGUGCUGUAAAUUGUGCUAGAGCUUCACAGGAGGUGAGUGAGAGAACCCCAAGGCGCAGAUCUGACAAUGAUUUCCUUAAAAACAAACAUAGAGCUGCUGUGUUUCGGGAGGUUGUAGCUCAGGUGAUUCCAUAAGGAAAGAAGAUAAGGUGCUGCUGAUGCACAGCUUUCUGAAGCGUCCCGAGACAAAUCUUUUUCUGGUAUGUUUUCCUGAAAGUUCUCUCUGACCCUGAUUAUAUACAGCACAAUCAUUCAGUGGACUCCUGUCAUUCCAGACGAGUUUGUUUCUUUGAUUAUUUUACAUAUUAUCAAUAAACUGUUCAGGGAUUUCAAAUGGACCUUUUAAACACAGCUAAUAGGAAAGGGUGGAGUCAAAGCCAAUACAGGCAUAAACUGAAUUCCAGAUCAAGCUUCCAGUUCAUUUUGGGAUGAGUCACAAAGACUGGCAUUACAGAUCUGUCUUCAUUCAGCACCUCUUUCCAGAUACAGAUUUUUAAACUCCCACUGAUAAAAUGUUAAACUUUUCUCUUUCAAUGUAGCACCUCAGAGCUUUCUGAAGUUACUUUGUGAAUGAAACUGGACAAGAGGGCUAAUAGCUGACUGGCUAUUCUAACCCAGAUACUCCCUUGGCAAUUUUUUUCCAGAAAAAAAAGAGAAAACCGCUGCCUUUUGGCUAAAACACUGCCAUCUCUGAAUGCUAGUUUGGACUGGUAUUUUCAUGCUUACCUGAGCUUUUGGAUAGUCCUUACUACCAUCACAGUAGCAUGAGUCCCUGCAUGUUAGCAAAGUCAAGCUAAAAACCAAUGUUAAAGCACAUGCUUUAUGGAGGUAUCUCAGAGCAGGUAAAGACUGGAAGGGAGCUUCUGCCAUUGAAAGAGAGCUAAGGGGAACUGCCACAAAGAUUUGUCCUGACAAGAGUGAUGUGACAUAAAGAAAGCACUUGCACCGCUGGCUGGGCUGUGCACCCAGAGUCUCUGCCUAGAGGUAUAAAUCAUAGAAGUGCCUUGCAGCCACCUCAGCCCUCACCUUCUUCCAUAGCCCUCACCUGAAAAAAAAAGUUUAUUUUUAAACAAUGAUUACUUGUGAAACCAGACAAGGGUGUUGCAUUAUUGCCUGCAGCCUUUUGAGUCCUGGGGACAGUCAUAGUUCUUUAGCUUUAUGUCACCUUUCUCUGUCCAGCCCUGUCUGGGCUUAGCACAGAGUGAGCUUAAGUUGUGCUAGAUUUUUACCAUUGUUUUUAAUCAGUGCAAUUUUAAGGAAUGACUUCAGACAGAUACAUUGGUACCUGAGGAAUAUAACCCAUCUUACUUAGGAAUAAAAGUCUGAAACAUCCGUCUGCUGCUGGUGAAGUGGGUGGUUUGUGAUCCAUUGCUACAGAAAUUGAAGAGGGACAGUUGUAGUCCUUUUCAUACAAUGUGAUUGAGAAUUUUGUCUGCUUUACAUCAAUAAAUUCAAGGA